AUGCUCGCUGGCCAAGGUCUCGAGAUUCUCGCAGAGCGGUACCAAGACGAGGUAGUAGGACAGGUCAGAUCUUCGAGCCAAGUACCUGAUGGCGACGGCUGGACCGAGCUACCUGACCUGAUCAGCUUUGUCGAGUGUCACGUCCUGGAAGCUGCCACUCGUGCUCUGUACGGCCCGCAUCUGGUGGGCUUGAACCCGACUAUCGCUGCCGAUUUCUGGAAUUUCAAUCGCCGUGUGAAGUCCAUGUUCAUGGGUGUGCCCAAGUGGAUGAAUCCUCUAGCCGUUCGGGCCCGCAACAAAAUGACAGACAACAUCAAGCGCUGGCAGCGAUACAAUGCUGCCAACUGCAACAUCGACGACAUCCCUGAGGAAGUCGAGUGGGAGCCAUUUUACGGCAGCAAGUAUACGCGUGUUCGCCAACAGCUUCUGACAAAGCGUGGAAUCAUGAACGAAUCGGCCCGUGCCGCUGAGAAUCUUGCAUUUGUAUGGGCAACCAAUGCAAACUCGGUCCCCGCCGCCUGCUGGUUCUUGCUCGAGACACUUCACGAUCCAUCCCUCUACAAACGUGUACAAGAGAGUCUCCAAGGCGCCAGAAUCACCGACACUGACAAGUCCCUCGCCUUCGACAUGACCAAGCUGACCAACGACACCCUGCUACAGUCAAUCUUCGCCGAGAUACUUCGCUUGCGCGUAGCCGCACUCGUCGUCCGUGAGCCUACCGUUGAUCACUUUUCUCUCCCUGGAGGAUGGUACAUCAAGCAGCACGAGACGAUAAGUAUGUCAACACGCACCGAGCUCAUGGAUCCCAACGUGUGGAACGCCGGCAAUGCUGCUUCCCCGCAUCCACUCGACAAGUUCUGGGCGGAGCGCUUCAUAGUAUACCCGGACGAUCCGCGCAGCGGGCCACUCAAAGAGCCUAAGCGUCGUCUUAAACCCGCUCCAUCGAAAGAUGGCAAGAGUACGAACGAGGGUUCCUUCUCCCUUGACGGUUGCACUUGGCAUUGGGUGCCUUUCGGCGGAGGACGACAGCUCUGUCCUGGUCGUCACUUUGCUAAGCGGGAGAUCCUCCUUACUUCGGCCAUCUUUUUGUCGACUUUUGAGAUUGAGUUGAUGGUUGAUAAGUUGCCGGGGCCGGAUAAGGGGAUUUAUGGGUUUGGGACAAUGCCUCCUAAGGGCAAGGUGCCUUGUCGUAUACGCAGACGCCGCGAAUAA